UGCAGAUUGGGAGAUUUUUCGGUGGUCCCGAGUUUGGAAGGGGGUCAGUGAGAAGUUUGGGAAAGUAUUUUUUUCUUCUUUGCAAAAGUUUAAUGCUGGCUGUUCCCAUGAUUCCGUGCUGAGGGGUUGUAGCAGACGCCUGUUUGUGAGAGGGAGUGUUUUCCGCCCAGUUCAGCCCGACUGCAUACAGGGACAGGCCCAGCUCUGCACAGACCAGCCAGGCUCAGACUGCACGAUGUUGGGACUGUCUGUGUUUCGACGUUCUCAUGUCCUGAAAGCUCGGAGUCUUUUAUCUGCUGUCAGUGUUCGAGCAGCACAUGGACAUGAGAUUGUUAAAAGUGAAGACCUCUCGAUGCCCAUGUACUGUGAUCGGAGGGAUACACCUCUCCCUGAUAUUCCUUACGUACGGAAGCUAAAUACAGAACAGACAGCCCUGAAGGAAAAGGAAAAAGGGUCUUGGAAAAACCUGACCAAUGAAGAGAAGAUUGCAUUGUAUCGCAUCGCUUUUCAUCAGAGCUACCACGACAUGUCUCGAUCGAGUAAUGAGUGGAAGACAGUGCUGGGUGGAGCCUUCCUCUUUAUAGGAUUUACUGGCCUGAUUGUGUGGUGGCAGAAGGCCUUUGUGUACCCUCCCAGGCCACACACCUUAACUGAGGAGUGGAAGGAAAAGCAGGCCAGAAGAAUGCUGGACAUGCAGAUAAACCCUGUUGAGGGAUUUGCCUCCAAGUGGGAUUAUGGGAAGAAUGAAUGGAAGAAGUGAAGUUGCUAUUUAAGCAAGAGCAUGUAUUAUAACACAGCCGGCAACUUUAAAUGGUUUAACCUCCUGUUAAUCUUAAAACCUCUCCAGGGUCUCUGAUUAAUUGUGAAAUGACCACAAACAUUCAAGGUUGAUCAGUCACACAUCUGAACAAAAUGCAAUUUAUAAUAAAGAUUGCUCUUACAACAAA